AUGGAUGGGAUCUUUUUAACGGUACAAGAUAAAAAUAUUUCUAGCUCAGCCCACUUGAUAGAACAAUCAGUUGAUGAUUUAAAUAACACGAAAUGUAUGUACCCUACAAAUAUAAAAUACAUAUUUGAGGAAGAUGACGAUGUACCAGAUAUUGCAUUAUUAAACGAGUCCAAUGAUAGCAAUAUCGAAAAUAUAAUUAUUAUCGACAUAGAAUCUUCUGGGUAUGUUUCUGAUAUUCAAUUAAUUUCAGACCAUUUCCAAUUGCUUUCAUAUAAAGAUACGAUGGAGGAAAGUGAAACGUAUGAUACGCCUCCCUAUUGUGAUAUUAAAUUGGAUGUCCUUUCUAGAUUUGAAGAGAUGAAAGGUAUCGGGGAAAGAGUAUCUUUAGAUGAUCUAGUUAAAUUAUACUUAAUUCAAAAUGAGCAGUUAACUAGUAUAUCAAAUUCUUUUUAA